CCUGCCGCCCAUCGCCGGCCACCGACCGACCGACCGACCGACCGACCGCCGACCGAGCCCCGGCGCCGUGCAGGUGCCUGCCGGAGAGCUCCAUCCCCCCGUCCUCCCGAUCCGAGCUGUCGCUGCCAUCCAGGUCUGCCUGUGCCAUCUCCUUCUGCGCUGUCAAUGGAGCUACGUGGGACAGCCCAUGUUUCCCUUCGGUCCUGUUUGCUGCUGUGCCUGCCUCGUACCGUGACGCCAUGGGCAACGCGGAGAGCCAGAGCGUGGAGCAGGCCCUGUACGGGGACAAGCAGCCGGCGCUGGGCCGCAAGCACACGUCGCGCUCGCUGCGCCUCUCGGGCAAGGCCUCGCGCCGGGCCCGCCACGCCUCGUCGGGCAAGGCCGCGCACCACCGCGGCUCCGAGGUGAGCACGCGCUCCAGCAGCACGCCCAGCAUCCCGCAGUCGCUGGCCGAGAACGGCCUGGAGCCCUUCGCCGCCGCCGAGGGCCUGGAGGACUUCGGCAGCGCCACGUGGGCCGAGCGCGUAGACAUGGCGCUGCGGCCCGUCUCCUACCACACGGACUCGUCGGUGACGCCCAGCGUGGACAGCAGCACGGCGCUGACGGCCGCCUCCGUGCACAGCGUGCCCGACUCGGAGGAGAGCCGGCUCUACGGCGACGAGCCGCCCUUCCUGGCCGAGGCCGACGCGCGGGCGCUGCGCUACUCCGCCAAUGGCGCCGCCUUCGCCGACGCCGCCGCCUUCAAGAAGAAGCGCUCCAAGUCAGCCGACAUCUGGCGCGAGGACAGCCUGGAGUUCUCGCUCUCUGACCUCAGCCAGGAGCACCUGACCAGCAACGAGGAGAUCCUGGGCCUGGCCGAGGAGAAAGAGGCCGAGGCGGCACGCAGCCCCGAGGCGGGUGGCAGCCCCCAGCCCCUGGUGGCCUGCCAGCGGGCCAACUCCAUGAGUGACCUGUACUCCCCCAAAACCCCCGGCGCCACCAUCAACGGGGGGCCCCGAAACGCCUUUGGAGGGUACGGCCGGAGCCUGGUGUCCGACAUCCCCGAGCUGGGCAGCCAUAAGAUGGCCUCGGUGGGCACUGAGGACGUGCCCUCCUCCUACAGCAACUACAACACGCUGCCCUGCAGGAAGUCCCACUGCCUCUCCGAAGGGGCCUCCAACCCCCAGAUGAGCCAUAGCAGCAGCAUGCAAGGCAGAAGGGCAAAAACCACCCAGGACGUCAACGCGGGCGAGGGCAGCGAGUUCACGGACAGCGGCAUCGAGGGCGCAGCCACGGACACGGAGCUGCUGUCACGGCGCUCCAACGCCACCACGGCCAGCUACUCGCCGCCCGCCGGGCGCGCCUUCGUGGGCAGCGACAGCGGCAGCAGCUCGGCGGGCGGCGACGGGCUGCGCCAGGGCGUCUACGAGAACUUCCGCCGCGAGCUGGAGAUGAGCACGGCCAACAGCGAGCAGCUGGAGGAGGCGGGCUCGGCGCUGAGCGACGAGCAGAGCAGCGGCACGCUCAGCUCGCCCGGGCAGUCCGACAUCCUGCUGAGCGCCGCGCAGGGCACCGUGCGCAAGGCCGGGGCCCUGGCCGUCAAAAACUUCCUGGUGCACAAGAAGAACAAGAAGGUGGAGUCGGCCACGCGCAGGAAGUGGAAGCACUACUGGGUGUCGCUGAAAGGCUGCACGUUGUUCUUCUACGAGACGGACGGCAGGUCUGGCAUUGACCACAACAGCAUCCCCAAGCACGCAGUCUGGGUGGAGAACAGCAUCGUGCAGGCUGUGCCUGAGCACCCCAAGAAGGACUUUGUCUUCUGCCUCAGCAACUCCCUUGGCGACGCUUUCCUCUUCCAGACGUGCAGCCAGACGGAGCUGGAGAACUGGAUCACGGCCAUCCACUCGGCCUGCGCCACCGCCGUGGCGCGGCAGCACCACAAGGAGGACACCCUCAAGCUGCUCAAGACUGAGAUCAAGAAGCUGGAGCAGAAGAUCGACAUGGACGAGAAGAUGAAGAAGAUGGGGGAAAUGCAGCUGUCCUCCGUCACAGACUCCAAGAAGAAGAAGACCAUACUGGAUCAGAUCUUCGUGUGGGAGCAGAACCUGGAGCAGUUCCAGAUGGACCUGUUCCGCUACCGCUGUUACCUGGCCAGCCUGCAGGGCGGGGAGCUGCCCAACCCCAAGCGCCUGCUGGCCUUCGCCAGCCGCCCCACCAAGGUGGCCAUGGGCCGCCUGGGCAUCUUCUCCGUGUCCUCCUUCCACGCACUGGUGGCGGCUCGCACGGGGGAGUCGGGAGUGAGGAGGAGGACACAGGCCAUGUCCAGGUCUGCCAGCAAGAGGAGGAGCAGGUUUUCUUCUCUCUGGGGGCUGGACACUACCUCCAAGAAGAAGCAGGGGAGGCCCAGCAUUAACCAGGUGUUUGGAGAAGGAGUGGAUUCAGUGAAGAAAUCUCUUGAAGGGAUCUUUGAUGACACAGUCCCAGAUGGCAAGAGGGACAAAGAAGUGGCCCUGAGCAGCGUCCACCAGCACAACCCCGACUGUGAUAUCUGGGUGCACGAGUACUUCACGCCCUCGUGGUUCUGCCUGCCCAACAACCAGCCUGCCCUGACAGUCAUCCGGCCCGGGGACACCUCCAGGGACGUGCUGGAAAUGAUCUGCAAGACACACCAGCUGGACUGCUCUGCUCACUACCUGCGCCUCAAGUUCCUGCUGGAGAACCAGAUGCAGUUCUACGUGCCAAAGCCAGAGGAGGAGAUCUAUGAGCUGCUGUACAAGGAAAUAGAAAUCUGUCAGAAAAUUACCCAGCACAUUCAGAUGGAGAAGUCUGACGCAUCCUCUGAUAUUUAUGGUUUCUCUCUGUCCUCGGUGGAAGAGGAGGGGAUUCGCCGGCUCUACGUCAACGGCGUCAAGGACACGGGCCUGGCUUUCAAGCAAGGCCUGAAGGCUGGGGAUGAGGUGCUGGAGAUCAACCAGAGAGCUGCAGAGGAGCUGGACUCGGCGCUGCUGAAGGAGGCGCUGGCGCAGCCCUCGCUGUGCCUCACCGUGCGCACCCACCCCGAGCCAGAGGAGGCCCAGAGGCUGGGCCAGCCGCCCCCACGGCGCCCAGAGAACCCCCCCGAGGCCGGGGACAGCGCCCUGCCCUUCCCUGGGGGCAGCCAAGGACACUCCCUCUGCAGUGACCCCGACAGCUCAGCCGAGGUGGCCCCGGAGGAGGCGGAAGCGCAGGACCUGGAGUCGUCGGACGAGGCCGAGAAGAUGAGCAAGAGCACAGAGCAGGUCGCAGCUUUCUGUCGCAGCCUGCAUGAAAUGAACCCCUCUGACUGCAGUGCUCCCCCCCAGGACUGUGCAGGGCCCCAGCUGAGCACCAUGAGGCAGCUCACGGACGCAGACAAGCUCAGGAAGGUCAUCUGUGAGCUCCUGGAGACCGAGCGCACCUACGUCAAGGAUUUAAAUUGUCUGAUGGAGAGAUACCUGAAGCCUCUACAGAAAGAAACCUUCCUCACACCAGAUGAGCUGGAUGUUCUCUUUGGGAACCUGACUGAAAUGGUAGCAUUCCAGGUAGAGUUCCUGAAAACUCUGGAAGAUGGAGUAAGGCUGGUUCCAGACCUGGAAAAGCUUGAAAAAGUUGAGCAAUUUAAGAAAGUGCUGUUCUCCCUGGGUGGAUCCUUCCUGUACUACGCUGACAGGUUCAAGCUGUACAGUGCCUUCUGUGCCAGCCACACAAAAGUCCCCAAAGUCCUGGUGAAAGCCAAGACAGACACUGCUUUCAAGGCGUUCCUGGAUGCCCAGAACCCGCGCCGGCAGCACUCCUCCACCCUGGAGUCUUACCUCAUCAAGCCCAUCCAGAGGAUACUCAAAUACCCCCUCCUGCUCAAGGAGCUCUUUGCCCUCACUGACGUGGACAGUGAAGAGCACUAUCACCUUGAUGUGGCCAUCAAAACCAUGAACAAAGUUGCCAGCCACAUUAAUGAAAUGCAGAAAAUCCAUGAAGAAUAUGGGGCAGUGUUUGACCAACUCAUAGCGGAGCAAACAGGGGAGAAAAAAGAGGUGGCCGACCUUUCCAUGGGGGACUUGCUCUUGCAUAACACAGUGAUAUGGCUGAACCCUCCUGCUUCCCUGGGCAAGUGGAAGAAGGAACCUGAGCUGGCAGCAUUUGUGUUCAAAACUGCCGUGGUCCUGGUGUACAAGGAUGGUUCCAAACAGAAGAAGAAGCUGGGAGGAUCCCACAGAGCCUCAAUUUAUGAAGACUGGGAUCCGUUCCGGUUCCGCCACAUGAUCCCUUUGGAGGCGCUGCAGGUGCGGGCCCUGGCCAGUGCAGAUGCAGAGACCAAUUCUGUGUGUGAGAUUGUCCAUGUCAAAUCUGAGUCUGAGGGCAGGCCAGAAAGGACAUUUCACCUCUGCUGUAGCUCUCCAGAGCACAGGAAGGACUUUCUGAAGGCAGUGCACUCCAUCCUGCGGGACAAACACAGAAGACAGCUCCUUAAAACCGAAAGUUUGCCCUCCUCCCAGCAAUAUGUUCCCUUUGGUGGAAAAAGAUUGUGUGCUCUAAAAGGUGCAAGGCCAGCCAUGAACAGGGCAGUGUCAGCCCCCAGCAAGUCUCUGGGGAGGAGGAGGCGGCGGCUGGCCCGAAACAGGUUUACCAUUGACUCGGAGGCCCUCCACGGCAGCAGCCCCGAGAAAGAGCCCGCGCAGGGAGGGGACACUGACCGCUGGGUCGAGGAGCAGUUCGACCUGGCGCAGUACGAGGAGCAGGAGGACAUCAAGGAGACCGACAUCCUGAGCGACGACGACGACUUCUGCGAGGCGGCGCUACGCGCGCGAGCUGCGGAGCGGCUGCAGGCCACCUCGCUGCGGCCCGGCCCGCCCGGCGACGCGCACGCCGCCAGGAUGGCCCAGCUGAGGAAGCAGGCGGCCCUGCCCGCCAUCAACGGCGCCGCCGAGGGCCACGGCGAGGAGGUCAUCUGGGUGCGGCGGGAGGACUUUGUGCCCGGCAGGAAGCUCAACACCGAGCUCUGAGGUGUCCCCGAGCCCUCCGUGACCCCGCGGGUCGCGCACUUGCACACACCGCUGCGGCAGCUCUACCGGUCCCAAGCCAUGCGGCCACACUCAAAAUGCUCAAAAACCGGGAACGAAAUGAGCUUGAGGUCCUGUCUUGCGAUAACCAAGGGCUUUCACACUACUUUAUUUAUUCUAAAACAAUCAGGGGCUGAAAUUGAGUACGGGGAGAAGGUAAUCACUGGAAAGCAAGUGACUCUGGGCGUCUUAACCUCUGUGCAGCCAAUGGGCUCCGGCAGGAGCGCGAGGACAGAGGGGUUGGUGAAAGCCGUCGGUCGUAGGCUCAUCUCCUUCACGAGGAAACUGCCUUUUUAACCUGUACAGUCACUCUGACUCCCUUUCCCUCUCUAAAUGUAAGAGAAUAUUCAUGUAUUUUAGGAACGUGUGAGGAAAGGUUUGGGAUUCAUGUCGUGUUCGGUCCUCUUGGUCUGUGGCUGGUCUAAUUUAAUGUCAAUGUUGGAAGCUCUAGUUUUACAUACUCUUGUAAAGAUGCCAAACUCUCUUGGAAAAGAUCCAAAUUUAACACUUGAAGAGAUAUUUUUUUGUAUUUUACCUGAGAUGCAGGGGCACAAAGGGGUAAGAGAUUUAGGGUAGCUCCACGUCUAGGAUACGAGGCUAGCUUUUUGCAGAGGGUUAGGAACGGUGGUUUUAUAUUAAAAUAUGAACUGGAAAACUCUUAUUUAGGUAUAACUUUCUUCAGGAAAAGGUUUAUUGUAUAUGUUUGAGACUGGAGUUUAGUUAGCUAGUAAAAAGAAUAAUAAAUAAAAUGACGUGACUGAAUUGCAGUGGAGCAAAGGGAUCUGUGGCGUGCCCUUGCUGGAGCCACAGAUGCCUUUGCCCCACUCUCUCUGGCAGAGUUUGGGCUUAGGGGACAGGGAAUUCAUGGCCAAAAAACUGACCUUGCCCACUCUCCUACUGUGGGUGGAACUAGUGUAUUUUAAUUCCUUUAUAAAAGCUUUUCCACUGCAAUAGAGGAUCAAAAAAGUUCUACACAGGUAAACUUCUUUAACAUUUAAAAUCUUUUAUUUAAACAUCUAAAACAGGGUAAAAUGUGACUAAAAUCUUGUGGUUUUUAAGUAGACUUCCAAAUACAAAACACAAAAUAGCACUUUUUUUUUUUUAGGAUUUAUAUAGCUUUCCCCAUUGCAGUCUCACCUAUAGGAAAAAGAAAAAAAAAAGAUUAUAUGAAAUUUUGUUUCAUUUUGUCGGUAUCUAUUGGUGUUUGACACAUCACUAGGUACUUUGAGAACCUGAAAUUUUAUAAUAGCCUUAGGAUUAUAUUUUAUAAAAUCCACUCUGACUAUAUUUUAAAACAUAACAAGAAUUAUCCCCUCCCCCCAAAACAUCCAUCACUGUCUGUGUGUCCCAGCUGGCAUCCUCCCCUCCCUCCCCUGGUUUCUGGUGCACUAUACUUGACUUAUGGAAGCUUUCUCUAGUAACUUUUUGCUAUCUCCUGGUUUCUUUUGGUAAGAGCUUUAGAAGAGUUUCUACCCCCUUUGUAUGAUCACCUGGUUGUUUUUGUACCAUCACCUGUCAGUGUCCCACGUGCUGGAGGGUUUGGCUGUCCUGGGCUGCUCCCAGAGGAUGCAGUCAGCACUCAAAUACUGGAAGGCUGGUACUGGGAAGGUACCGUGGCUCUUGUACAUAAUGUCAUGACAUGUCUAUGUCAAAGGUUCUUAUAUAUUUCUUUUAUAAGCUGAAAGAAGGUCUAUUUUUAUGUUUUUAGUUCUAUGAAUGGAACGUUGUAAAUGCCUGUCGGAAAUAAAAUACUGGAGGAAAAAAAAA